GGAGGCAGCGGGGGCGGCGGCGGCGUGAAGAAGGCGGCGGUGUCCGGGUCCGGGCCGGAGCAGGUGCCUCGGCGGCGGCGGGAUGGAGCUGCUUAUGAUCAUCGCGGUGUCGGCCCUCGUCGGCUGCUUCCUCACUCUCCUCGCUCAAUUCCUCCUGAUCUAUCACAGAAAGCCCCAGAAGCCGUUCUCGCCGUCCGCCUCCGACUGGGGGGUCUCCUACGUCACCCCGGCGCCGGGCCUUCUCCUCGGAGACUACCUCUAUGGCGCCUCGGGCCGGUCGUCGAAGCCCCCUGAGCGCGGCGGCGGGCUCCAGGUGGAGACGCGCUCCGUGGAGACCUGCUACUUCCUCAACGCGAUCAUGCUGUUCCUGUUCCGGGAGUUGCGGGACACGACCAUGGCCAGGCGCUGGAUCACCAAGAAGAUCAGGGUGGAGUUCGAGGAGCUGCUGCAGAGCAAGACGGCCGGCCGGCUGCUGGAGGGCUUGGGCCUGCGAGAGGUGUCGCUAGGCCAGGCCGUGCCCCUCAUCAAGAUGGUCCGCCUUCUGCAGCCCGUGGUGCCCUCGUUCGCCUCCGAGCCGGAGGGCGCAGACAGCGCGGAAGACCCCCCGGCCGCCAGCCCGGAGGAGCUCAUCUUCGAGGUAGACGUGGAGUACAACGGCGGUUUCCACCUGGCCAUCGACGUGGACCUGGUCUUCGGCAAGUCCGCCUUCCUGUUCGUCAAGCUGUCCCACAUGUCAGGGAGGCUGCGGCUCGUCUUCACCCGUUUGCCCUUCACUCACUGGGCCUUCUCAUUCGUGGAGGAUCCGGUGAUGGACUUAGAGGUGCAAUCCCAGUUCGAAGGCCACCCCAUGCCGCAGCUCACCUCCAUCAUCGUCAACCAGCUCAAGAAGAUCCUGAAGCGCAAGCACACCCUGCCCAACUACAAGAUCAGAUUCAAGCCGUUUUUCUCAUUUCAACUCUCACAAACUUCAAAGGAGGAAAAUGAACAAUAUUUGUAUAUACAACAAUAUGGACUUACAGAAGGCCGCCUUAAAAUUACUCUAGUAGAAUGUAGCAGGUUAUUGAUUUUGGGAUCCUAUGAAAGAGAAACAAAUGUUCAUUGCACGAUGGAAUUGAGCAGUGGUGUUUGGGAAGAAAAACAAAGGAGUUCUGUUAAGACGACCUCUUCCCCUGAAGUUAUACUUAGUAACACUGAGCCAGUGACAUAUUAUGGAAAAGGCAGCUGGGCUGAGUUAGUAAAAGGAAACUUACAAAGUGUUGGACUUACACUUCGCCUGGUUCAGUCAUCUGAUGGAUAUGGUGGACAUGUCGUAAUUGAGACCGUGGCCCCAAAUUCCCCAGCUGCACUUGCAGAUCUUCAGCGGGGGGACAGACUAAUAGCCAUUGGAGGAGUUAAAAUCACAUCUACAAUCCAAGUGUUAAAGCUCAUCAAGCAAGCAGGUGACAGAGUGAUGGUGUAUUAUGAAAGGCCUGUUGGUCAGAGUAAUCAAGGGCCAAUACUACAGGAUAGUUUUACACAAUUGGAAGAUAGUGCUUUUCUGGCAAACACAAGUCAAACUAAUUUUGAAGAAGACAUAACUGGCCUUUUAGUGGAUAUUGAUAACAAAGAUUUAGAUUUAGAAUUUGAAGAUUUGGCAUGUGAUAUCAAGAUACAAAAUGAGUCCAGAGAUGAGAUUCCAUCACUGAGUCAGAGUCCCAAACGCAAUUCAAUACAAAAUCUUAAGCCUUAUGGACCUGCCUCACCACUCUUAAAUCGUAAAUCAGUAAGUUACGUGUCACCACGAAAUUCUGUAAACAAAGAUUCAGCCAAAGCAGUGACAACUAAGGUUGCCGAAGUUUCAGACCAAGGACAACAGUUAACAAAAACAUCCCAAACAAAUCUUUUGAAACCACCUGUGCCACCAAGACCACAAACAAAAUCUGUUCCACCAUCUACUGAUACUCAAAGCCAGGCAGAAACUGAUACAGCUGUUGAAAAAACAGAGAAAUCGGUUUCUCUUCCUCAAACAGAAAAACCUUCAGAAAAGUUAGUAACAAAUGUUAAUCAGACAGAAGAUGCAUCUAUGUCAAAGUCAAAUGUGGCAAAGCAGGAAGUGGCAAAAGACUUAAUUUCAGAAAGUGCUAAUAAGGACAGUGCAGAUGACCAAACAUGGGAAUCGGCAGAAAUUCCUUAUCAUCAUAGAGUAGGUAAAUGGACAAGAGUGAAGGGAACUUGUAUAUUUAACAUAGAAGGCUGUCAUAGGUACCUGAAUAUUGCAUUGUGGUGCAGAGAUCCUUUCAAGGUAGGUAGUCUCAUCUGCUUAGGGCAUAUUAGUAUAAAACUUGAAGAGAUUGCUUUAGGGUGUUUAGCUACUUCAAACUUAGAAUAUCUCACAAAAUUCAGAUUAAAUGCUCCGAAACCGAAAGCUAUGGUUACUAGAACUGCAUUGCGAAAUAUCAGUAUGCAAAAGGGGUUCAAUGAAAAAUUUUGCUUUGGUGAUAUUACCAUACAUUUCAAGUAUUUGAAGGAAGGAGAACAAGAACAAUACAUGAAUCUUAUAGAGAAGGAAAAAGAAAGCAAUGUGAUAGAGGACAUCCCUCCCCCUAAUAAAGAUGAGUAUUUUGUAGGACAGAUGAAUUUGACAGAAAAUAAACAUAGUUUCCAAGACACUCAAUUUCAGAAUCCAACAUGGUGUGACUACUGUAAGAAGAAAGUUUGGACUAAGGCCGCUUCCCAGUGCAUGUUUUGUGCUUAUGUUUGCCACAAAAAAUGUCAAGAAAAAUGCUUUGCUGAAACUCCACUUUGUGUAGGACCUGAAAAGCGAGUGGACCGAAUCUUGAAAAACUUACGGAUAGAAGGACAAGAAAAUAUUCUAGGAAUGCCUUCUAACAAAUCAGGUGGUAAAAGUACAGGUAUAACAAGACAUUUAUGGAACACUAGCUCUCGGAUCUUAAACUUGCGUCAAGGCCCUAGAAGAAGCCAAGCUGAACAGAUUGCUGAAUUGGCAGAACCCUCACCCAAGCCAACACCAAACACUUCUGAUAAUGAAGGCAGUGAUUCAGAGGUUUGUGUUCCAAGUCCUUCCAGGCGGCGAAACAUUGCAGGAAUCAAAUUGGCAAGGAGAGAAGGAGGACUAGAUGACAGUGUCUUCAUUGCAGUUAAAGAAAUUGGUCGUGACCUUUAUAGGGGUUUGCCUAAUGAGGAAAGAUUCCAGAAGCUAGAAUUCAUGUUAGAUAAAUUGCAGAAUGAAAUUGAUCAGGAGCUGGAACACAAUAAUUCAAUUGCCAGGGAAGAGAAAGAGGCAACUGAUUCAAAGAAAAAAUCACUCCUUUCGACCGCUUUGACUAAAUCAGGUGAAAGACUACAAGCUCUAACACUUCUUAUGAUACACUACAGAGCAGGUAUUGAAGAUCUAGAACUAGAAACUCUAUCUUUAUUUCAAACCAAAAAAGUGACUACAGAAGAUACAGAAGAAGACCUCGAUAAUGAAAUAUGCGAACUAAUGGAGGCUCAACCUUUUGACAGUCUGUCAGAGGAAAUAUUUGACCAACCUGAACCUCUGUAGCAAACUGCCUAUUUAACCUUCUAAAUAAUUGCAGGAAAAAAAUUAUACUUACUAAAAUACAUCAGAUACACCCCCACUUAAACCCCCUUAUAAUAUG